CGACGAUACUUAAGACGACGGGAUACGUGCAGAGAGAAAUCAGACGCUAUCACCAUCUGGCUGAGAACCCACUGUCACCGACAAUCCUUGGAUCAAUCAUCGAAAGCCAUGAGGGUCAUUAUGGGUGCCCUGGGCUUGGCCCUUCCUGCAUCUGCACUCGUACGCAGACAGGCAAUUCCCCCCGUGGACGACUUUUGCCCUGCCGAAGUGGUUGCCGAGACCGACAUCUUGACAGCUGUGUACGGACAAGCUGUCGUUCUGUCGACUAACGUCCCGUCCGCGACGGUCAUCCCGGCGGGACCAUUUGGUUCCAGCGCGAUCACGGUGAACGCACCUACUACGUUGGUCGCCUCUUCCACGGCAUACACUACGAUUACCUACACCAUCGAGUUCACGUCUACAUCUUCAACCUCGUGUACUGAUACCGACAUCACACUUUCUACUUCGUUCACCGAAGGCCCUGUUGAAGGCACCACUACGGUCUCUGCAUCUGGAACCAAUCCACCAUUCGUCGAAGUUACUACGACUCCAACUCCAUGCGUUCUCGCUCCGACAGACGCUACCGUGUCUAUUACUGCCACUCUCGGUGCAGGCGUAUCUACCUCGAUCAGUGUCCCUGCCUGCGCGACUCUCUUGACGUUCGAAGUCGCUGGAGCCGGAACACAACAAAUCGCCGCGAAUCCCGUCGACGGUGGAGAUGGUGGCAUUGUAUCGGGUACCCUUACAGUCGCCGAGGACCAAAGCGUCUCGCUUAUCGCAGGUGGCCUCGGACUGAACAAUGGAAACGGUGGUGGCAGCGCCUACGGCCCGGGCGGUGACGCAGGAACAGGUGCGGUUGGUGGAGGAGGCGCCUCUGCCUUGCAAGUCGGUGGCGAGGAUAUCGCUGUCGGUGGCGGCGGCGGAGGUCAAGGCGACUUUUUGUUGGACGUUGCCGGCGUCGGUCUUAUCAAUACUAUUCUCCAGCUCCUCAACCUCGUUCUCCCGGUUCCCGUCUUCGACACGAACACGGGCGAUGCCGAAGAAGUUGGACAAGGUGCUAUCUUUGACCUCGGCGUCCUACAACUAGGCCUCCUUCAAAUAGGAGGAGGUCAGCCAGGCACUCAAACCGCGGCUGGUGCAGGCGGUGAGGUCCUUUUAGGGCUGGACCUAGGUUUGCUUACCAGCCCUGGAGCCGCUGGAAACGUACAUGCCGGAGGAGAUGGUAUAAAUCCCAUCGGUGGCCUCUUGGGUUCCGUUGGCUCUGGCGGAGGUGGUGGCGGUUACUUUGGUGCUGGCGGAGGCGGCACCCUAGGUGGCCUACUUGACGCCCUCUCCGUCCUAGAUCCAGGCGGUCUUCUAGGUGUCGCCAGUCCACUAAGCCUUUCUGUCUCGGGUGGAGGGGGCGGAGGUUCCAACUUCAUCAGCGCUGCCCCGAAUGUCACUGAGGUGCCCCCACCCACCCCGUACAACCCCAAUGGAGGCUAUGUCGUUGUCACCUUCUCUUAGACAAUGAAGCAGAAUGAACGGUCUGGAAACGUCGUUGGAAACUUUUUACUAUAGCAUAAGUAAUACAGGGUAGUUAGAAAUUGAACAAUCGAUCAAUUGACAGAGUGGGUCAUAUUUAAGAAUGAUAGGUUUUCUACAGA